CAUUUUGCGACACUACUCGCUGUUAGCGGCAUUAGCCAUGUUUUGACGCUUGCAUGCUAACCCUGUUUACGUCGGCACACGUGAAGACAAUCGUAAUAUAUUUUUUUAAAGAAAAGUUAUUUUACCUUCAUGAGCGGUUGUCACGAUGGGAAAGCCGAAAAAGAAGAGUGACCUCAGCCGGGCCGAAUUGAUGAUGAUGACGAUCGCAGACGUCAUCAAACAGCUGGUUGAGGCCCACGAGCAGGGGAAAGAUAUCAACCUUAAUAAAGUGAAGACGAAGACCUCGGCGAAAUACGGCCUCUCGGCGCAACCGCGUCUCGUCGACAUCAUCGCUGCGGUGCCUCCUCAGUACCGACGGGUUCUCGUGCCGAAACUGAAAGCCAAGCCCAUCCGCACGGCCAGUGGGAUUGCGGUCGUUGCUGUGAUGUGCAAGCCCCAUCGCUGUCCCCACAUCAGCUUCACAGGGAACAUCUGUGUAUACUGUCCAGGCGGUCCCGACUCUGAUUUUGAAUAUUCGACGCAGUCGUACACAGGCUACGAGCCAACUUCAAUGCGGGCCAUCCGAGCACGCUACGAUCCCUAUUUACAGACCAGACACCGGGUGGAACAGCUGAAGCAGUUGGGCCACAGUGUGGAUAAGGUGGAGUUCAUUGUAAUGGGCGGCACAUUCAUGGCUCUGCCUGAGGACUACCGAGAUUACUUCAUCCGCAACCUGCACGAUUCGCUGUCAGGGCACACUUCCAACAACGUAGCCGAGGCCGUCAGGUACUCGGAGCGCAGUAACACGAAGUGUGUGGGGAUCACCAUCGAGACGCGACCGGACUACUGCCUUAAGCGACACCUGAGCGACAUGCUGGCGUACGGCUGCACCAGGCUGGAGAUCGGCGUGCAGAGCGUUUACGAAGAUGUGGCUCGCGACACCAACAGGGGGCACACGGUGCGAGCCGUGUGCGAGUCUUUCCACCUGGCUAAAGACGCAGGCUUCAAAGUGGUGUCUCACAUGAUGCCCGACCUGCCCAACGUGGGCAUCGAGAGAGACGUGGAGCAGUUUAUUGAAUUCUUCGAGAAUCCGGCAUUUCGGCCGGACGGCCUGAAGCUCUACCCGACACUAGUGAUCCGAGGAACGGGCCUGUACGAACUGUGGAAGACGGGCCGCUACAAGAGCUACUCGCCCAGCACUCUGGUGGACCUGGUGGCCCGCAUCCUGGCGCUGGUGCCACCCUGGACCCGAGUGUACCGCGUACAGAGGGACAUCCCCAUGCCUCUGGUUACCUCCGGCGUGGAACAUGGAAACCUGCGCGAGUUGGCACUGGCCCGAAUGAAAGACAUGGGAACCGAGUGUAGAGAUGUGAGAACCAGAGAGGUGGGAAUCCAGGAGAUCCAUCAUAAACUGAGACCAUAUCAGGUGGAGCUGAUCCGACGUGACUAUGUGGCCAACGGAGGCUGGGAGACGUUCUUGUCCUACGAGGACCCCGAGCAGGACAUCCUGAUCGGCUUGCUGAGGCUCCGCCGCUGCUCGCCGCAGUCGUUUCGUCCAGAGCUCAAGAGCGGCGUGUCGAUCGUGCGCGAGCUGCACGUGUACGGCAGCGUGGUGCCCAUCAGCAGCCGAGAUCCCAGCAAGUUCCAGCACCAGGGCUUCGGGAUGAUGCUGAUGGAGGAGGCAGAAAGGAUAGCCAGAGACGAGCACGGCUCCGCCAAACUCGCCGUUAUCUCAGGUGUAGGGACUCGGAAUUAUUACAGGAAGAUGGGUUACGAGCUCGAGGGGCCGUACAUGGUGAAACGCUUGGACUGAAAGCGGGAUGGGUUGGUUUUUUUCUUUGGUCUGAGAAAGACAAAUUUUACCAAAAGAGGGAGAAAUGACAACAUAUUCCAGCUAAAUUCCACCUCGUAUCUGGCUUCCUGUAACUGAAUUACUCAUCCGUCUCGUUCUCUUCUUUUUUUUUUUUUUUUUGACAAAUAAAGAAUUUUUAUCUCA